AUGUUCUACGGCGAUGGCAAGUAUCCAGGGGAUGGUGGGGCUGUGCUGGAGAAGCUGUGGCGAAGCCACAGAUGGAAAGAGCUGCGCAAUUGCCCAGGACGCUACACAACUUCAGACUCGGAGGCUCGUGGCAAAGCUCCGGCACGGCUGCUUGGCGACCUGAAGAUCUUGUCUGCGACGGUAGAGUUCGCACCAGAGGGCAAGGACCGCAUCCUCGUUGGUCGCUUUUCAGGGGGCGGCGGCUUGCUAACAUAUUGCAAGGACGGUGGAGUUUAUGUGCAUACCCUGAAUACCGAGAGUGGGCUUAUACGCAAAAUCGAUGCGCUGCAAUUAAGCAGCUAUGCCGCAACUUUGCUUGCGGCAGAGCCAAUGGCUGCGAAUGUUGCUGCAUUUGUCGGGUGCUUGGCGGUGCUGCCUUACCUGACGGACGCUGAAAAGAAUGCAUCCGCCUAUGCUCUCAACCAAGUUUUGCGAGAUGCUGCGAAAUGGUGGCAAGAAGGGAAUUUACGGGAACUUGAUCCCUGA